GAGAUAUACAUGCAGCUGACCACGUCUGCAGGUACUCCAGCGCAUUCCUUCCACCUCAUUUGUACCGAAGAUCACUCCAACGAUGACCAUCUACUAUUCCUUGACGUUCCUGCUUCUUGCGGCGGAGAUGGUGACGUUCUGUAUCCUGGUGUUCCCCCUUCCAUAUACAAUCAGGAAGAAAGUGUUCCGCUUCUUGUCUGAGAGCCCUAUAGUGGCAAAGAUCGCAUAUGCCCUCAAGAUAUCCUUCAUCUUCGUUGGAAUUCUCUUCAUGGACGCUCUCCAACGAAUGUUCCGGGUCACCGAAGAAGCAGAAAUGUUCAAGAAAGGCCAAGCGAUGCAAGACGUAAGAGCCGAGUCCUCUGUUGCAGCUCGCAAGUUCUACGCCCAGAGGAAUAUGUAUCUCACAGGAUUCUGCCUCUUCCUUUCGCUCGUGUUGACGCGCACGUUCUACAUCAUUCUGGACCUGAUCCACGCACAGGAGGAAUAUGCAAAGCUGAAAAAAGCGACUGCAAACUCCUCCAAGAGCACCGCCGUCCUUGAAGAACAAUCCAAACAGAUUGACGAUUUGAAGAAGAAAUUAGCAGAGAGUGAGACACGGUCUCGUGAUUUUGAAACCUUGAAGAAGCAGGCAGCUCAACAGGCCGCUGAAUACGACCGUCUCGCGACAGAAUUCAACAAGUCGAAUGGUCUGGUGUCGGACAAAAAGGCUGACUAGGCGGACGGAUAUUUCGUUUGGGAUUGUAAACUGUGAUUAGUGUCUGAAUUUCUUGCUCCCCAACGGCCUUUAUUCCCUCAUUGCUGUGAACUCCUUCGUUUCCCAACGGUUACCGUUGUUCGUCGAUCAUCCGUAUCCUCGUGUAAGCUAGGUAUAACGUGAUAUCUAAUAUGCUUUGGGUCUCAUGAAUCACUGUCCAAAUCCACCAAAGCCUCAUCUCCCGAAUGCACAUUGUCGGGACUUUAGAGUAUGUCUCCAUUCGUCGAUAUCCUCUGCCUUCCCCAGCAUAAAAGCUGGAACGGACACACCUGAUCGAACCUUCGGACCGGGUCGCGGACCGAGGUCUAUGUUCUUCCUGGUUGACUGGACUGCAGUCAAUGCAUCUAUCU